AUGCCGCCUCCGUGUCCGCCGGCGAGCGGGCGCGCCCAGGUGCGCUGAGCCGCGCCCGGGCGGCGGAGCCCGCGGAGCCUGGCAGCCGUGGGGCCCGGAGGGGCGCUGCCCGUCCGUCCGUCCUGCCGUGCUGGUGCUGUGCUCUCUUUUUCUCGCCCUGACUCCUGCCAGGCAUGGUGCCAGAUCACCAACGUAUCUGAAUCACACUCUCCUCUCCUCACCUCUAUGGAGGGGGCUGGCAAUGAAACAAACUGGAGCAAUUCCCUUCCUUCUGGAAGCAAAUACCACCUCUACAUUGGCUUGGCUUUGGCUAUAGGCUCCAGUAUCUUUAUUGGUUCUAGUUUCAUACUGAAGAAGAAAGGACUUUUGAAACUGGCAGAGAGAGGAGUCACCCGAGCUGGACAAGGUGGAUAUUCUUAUUUGAAGGAAUGGGUUUGGUGGGCUGGACUGCUAUCAAUGGGAUUAGGAGAAGCUGCAAACUUUGCUGCCUAUGCCUUUGCACCUGCAACCUUGGUUACCCCCUUGGGUGCCCUGAGUGUUCUCAUAAGUGCUAUAUUGUCAUCCUAUUUUUUAAAUGAGAAGCUGAAUAUUCAUGGAAAGCUGGGCUGUGUACUGAGCAUUUUGGGGUCAACAGUCAUGGUUAUUCAUGCCCCAGAGGAGGAGGAGGUCACCUCACUAGAUGAGAUGGAAAGAAAGCUGCAAGAUCCAGUGUUUGUUACAUUUGCUCUUCUGCUGACAGUCGUUGCCCUUGUCCUGAUCAUUGUUGUGGCUCCAAAGAGAGGUCAGACAAACAUACUGAUCUACAUUUUAAUUUGCUCUCUCAUUGGUGCCUUCUCCGUCUCGUCUGUGAAGGGCCUGGGCAUUGCCAUCAAGCAGAUGCUGCAGAGGAAGCCAGUCUAUCGCCAUCCCCUGGUUUACAUUCUGGUGGGCAGCCUGGUGCUCUCAGUCAGCACUCAGAUCAGCUACCUCAACAAAGCACUGGACGUGUUCAACACAUCCCUUGUGACGCCCAUUUACUACGUGUGCUUCACUACCACAGUGGUGACGUGCUCCAUCAUCUUGUUCAAGGAGUGGAGCAGUAUGGAACUGGGUGACAUCAUUGGAACCCUGAGUGGAUUCUGCAGCAUCAUCAUUGGCAUCUUCCUACUGCAUGCUUUCAAGAACACUAACAUCACCUGGAGUCAGCUGAUGUCCACUGUUGCCAAAGAAUCGUCACCGCCACACCGUGACUCUGAAACCAGUCACACUUUGCUGGAGAGCAUGGAAAACCCAGCUUUGGCAUAUGAGGAGGACAUUUUAUUCAGUCAGUGA